UCACCAGUUGCCGUACGGAAGGUGGUUCUUAUUUCCUGCUGCCUCCGGUAAGAUGGCGACGUUCAGUAGAAGACUCUUUUGGAGUUUCUCCCGUUUCCUCAGACAAUCCAGCCCCAUAUUCUACAGAAGGCACGUCUUCAGCGUCUUUAGAGGAUCAUGGCGUCAAGUUCUGUCAGUGGGAUUGGGGGCCAGUCUCUGUGCUAUCCCAGUGGGACAGAGAUCAGAGCCUUCACUGUCAACUGAGCAUCUGAUAAAAAGGGCGGCAUCCUUGGUAACAGACAGUACACAGACCCUCCUGUCACAGACAACAUAUGCUCUUAUUGACUCCCUCACAGAAUACACUAAGGCUGUGUACACACUUCUAGCAAUACAUAAGAAAUAUACAUCUCUUCUGGAUAAGAUGAACUCAAGUGAAGAAAGUGCAAUUUGGCAGGUGAUCAUUGGGGCACGUGUGCAGAUGAAAAAGUUACAUGAAGAAUACCUGAAGUAUGAGGCCAGCUGGGCACGUGCUGUCAGUCUUUCAGAGAUGGCAGCAGAAGCUGCUUACCACGCUGGAGCAGACCAUGCCUCUGUAACGGUAAGGAACCACAUACAGUUGGUGCAGAUUCAAGUGCAAGAGACCCGUGAGCUUGCUCAAAAAGCCGAGGCCCUACUGGCUGCCUCUCAGUCAGAAGAAAUUAUGAAGACGAUUACAGAGGACAAAAACAAUUCACCUGAUGGAGGCAGUCCUUCUGAAGAAGUUCCUGAAGCUUAUAUGCGUGAAGAUUGAACCAAUUUUGCUCCUCCCAAAAACACAGAACAAACUACAAAUUUUACAUUGUACUACUGAUCGGCCAUGUACUAAUAACGAGGACACAGUCCCUGCUGGAUACCCUGCCUGAAACCGGUGAAAAUGUAUCUGCCUCCGAAAAUCCCUCCCUGUGCUGUGAUAUAUUCAUGGUAACUGUCACAUUGUGCAUCCCUUGGUGCUGAAGCCGUAUACAAUGUUUUCUUACUAUUUCUGUAGAGCAGCAGGGAGAUUUGGUCAGUCUUCUCUUCCUAUAACAGCUAUCCUUCCUUCACCCGCACAAGCACAGUUUGCUAUAAAAUGUGGGUGCGUUUUGCUGAAGACAAUGAGGGCAGUUGCACUUAUAUGGUACAGUUUGUGUCCACUCCAUAUGACCGCCUCACAAAAGAGACUAUGGGGUCAUUUAUCAUGCCCCCCCCCCCCGCCGGGCUAGGCCAGAAGCUAGCUUAAAAAAAAAUUCUACAGCCGCAUUUUGUGAAUUUUCGAACAUCUUUGUGUUUCAGUUUACACUCGCGUAGCAUUUCUAUACCACCCUUGCCACUGGGGAAUGGUAGGAUCAUGCAUAUUUACUAUAAUUUCCACCAGUUUCCUGGCGUAAAUGGCAUUUGAAAUCUAUUCCAUCCAGGGGCUGGAGUAUAUUUCAAUCUAGGCGCACGGCAUGCUGGACGAUGUGCCUAAUUUAUGAUGAAACCUGCACCUCGUCAUGAAUUAAAAGGGUAUUCCCAUCUUGGACAUUGGGAGGAUAUCAUUAGGAUAUGCCCCCAAUGUCUGAUAGGUACAGGUCCCACCUCCGACACCUGCGCCUAUACUUACAACGGCUGCCCUCCAUUCAUUUCUAUGGAGCGCGAACUAGGCUAUUUUUGAAAGUCCCACAGAAAUUAAUGGGAAGCACACUGCCACUCCAUUCACUUCUGUGAGGCUUAUUAUUCGGCACUCUCAUAGAAAUGAAUGGAGGGCGGCCACACAUGUGCAAUGCGCCCUCCAGCACUUUGCAAGCUCCGUUCUAAGUAAAGAUGCGGGUCCAAGAGGUGGAAUUCUAACAAUAUGCCCCCAAUGUCCAAGAUGAGACCCCUGGUGACACAGGGAAUAUAAAAUACCUUUGUAAAAUGCCGAUCUUUGAUAAAUUCCCCCCCCCCCCUUUUUGGGUCUAGUGAAAUUAGGAACUGAUGAGCCGUUGACUUUGUCGUUUUUUUUCUGCGCUUAUGGUGUGCAUUUAUUGUUGUUUUUCUUCAUCAUUAUGGCAUAGAUGAGCUGAAUGCUAACCACUGGAAGUAUUUUAUUGAUAAUUUUAUUAAAACGGAAAUUGUAUGUGACACAACUCUGCUUUAACAUAUUGCUGCUUACCAUGUGAUUUUGUAGUUGUCGGUAAAGAAAGCUGCAGUGUUUUUCACCUACACUAGGAGGCAGAACAAAGCAGACCUCGUGAACAUGAUUUCGUCUUGCUGCAACUCCUUUUACAUAGACAGCACUUAGAGAAGAAUGUUUCUUGAGCGUUUAAUUUUGACUAGAUUGGCAUGUGGGUUACUGCAGUGUGACUACCCAGUUUGUGUAAAGGGUACAGCUUAUUUUGUAUGACUGAAAGUUGUUCUUUAUUGAUGGUAUUGGCAUGUGGCACACUCAGAAACAUGUACUUAAAACUGCCCCCCAAAAAGUGGUGUGUAUGAAUUGUACCAAAAUUGAGCACAUUUUGCAGCUUUAUAAUUUUUUUUUUUUUUUUUUUUUUUUUUUUAAGGGAUCUAAAGUUAUGACAACUUUCUUUAUGUGCACAAUUUUUGAAACCACUGCACCGUGGUUCCUAGGACUACACCAUCUAAAUAUCCACACACAAAAAGGAACAAAAAAAGGGUCCAGUGUGUUACCAGGAAAUAACCUACAAAACAUCAGCAUAAAUUGUAUAUAUUAUAAAUUAUAAUAAAAUUAUACUUUGUAUAGAAAAA